AUAAAAAUCCUUUGCGAUACCCUUUCCUUCAACGAGAGUUUCUCUUAAUUUGAUCUACCGGUUGAAUAUGUCUGCAAGCUCUUACCGCCUCAUUCUUCUCUUUCUCCUCUUCGCAUGUAUUCGUUUAUGUGACGCUCGUCGUCUUUCUUCUAUGGAAAAGAAACUUGAUGUGGACCAUAAUCACUUAAACAAGAAGUAUGAAGAUGAAAGCUUAAAGUCGAAAGCUUUUUCAAAAGAGAAGGCCGACGUAUCGAACCAAUCACCGAGAAACGAUCGAACCGAUAAGUUGGAUCAAUCUGAUCGGUCCAAUAACGACAAAGCUGGAGUUCAUGUCCGGAAAUCGACGAUGGACGAUAAACAAAGACGGAAACGUACUUCAAUAGACGAGACAACGUCGUAUAAAGAGGUUUCGAGAUCAUGGAAGGUGGUUCCGCAGAAGGCGAAUCGCCGUAGAGAGGAACAUCCUGGUUUCAAUCUUGAUUACAUGCAGCCCUCCAUUCACCCCCCUCACCAUAAUUAGAUAACUUCCCCUGACCAUACCGAUCGAAGUCAAACAUAUAAUGUUUUUCCACAUGUUGACUUGUGUCUGGUCCAAGAUGACACUUAAAAAACUCCUUGUUAGAGAUCUAGAUCUUAAAUUUCUAGUUUUUGGUUUCACGGAGCUUUUUUAUUUUUAUUUUUAAUUCCAUUAUACGUUAUG